AUGCUCCGCAGCGCGGCGAGCCCACAGAUGAGGGGAGUCGAGGCUCCCGCGCCCCACCGCCCCCGGCGGAGCUGCUGCUGAGCCGCUCAAUCUGAGCCCUGGCUACGAAUAAAGUUCGUUAGAAAAUCAUAAUCAUUCUUAAGAAAGGGAAAGACGGUGCGAGCCAGUCGCGCGGCACCGCCGGGAGAGCUGGCGCGUCGGGAGGAGGCAGUGGCGGCAGCGGUUGCGCCGCGACCAGGAGGAGCCGGUGGCGCCGGGCGGCGGGUCCGCGGCCGGCGGGGGACGGUGAGUAGCGGCUCGCGCUGCGGUACAGCGGCGCUGCGCUCACUCGCCCUCUCCAGGGGGUUGGGGAUUCGUCCGGCUUCGCUGGCGAAGAGCUCGCUUCUCCCCGGGGUCCUAGGCUGUGCCUUACUCUCCGAGUGGCCAGGGGUGUCGGGGGCAGGGGCCUCCAGGCCCGGCUCCCAUCCCCUAGUUCGGACCGCCGAGCGCCCGCUCUCCCGCCCCUGAGCACGGAUCCCAAGUUCCAGCUGGAGAAAGUGGGCGGCCGCGCCAGCCCGGCGCCCCCUCCCCGCUCCCAGCGAUUUGUGCGGGAAGAUCUGAUCACCUGGAAUUAGAGUUGGUACAGAAACCAAUUCAUCUCCAAAAAUGUUGGAGGAAGAUAUGGAAGUCGCCAUAAAGAUGGUGGUUGUAGGGAAUGGAGCAGUUGGAAAAUCAAGUAUGAUUCAGCGAUAUUGCAAAGGCAUUUUUACGAAAGACUACAAGAAAACCAUUGGAGUAGAUUUUUUGGAGCGACAAAUUCAAGUUAAUGAUGAAGAUGUCAGACUAAUGUUAUGGGAUACUGCAGGUCAAGAGGAAUUUGAUGCAAUUACAAAGGCCUACUAUCGAGGAGCCCAGGCUUGUGUGCUCGUGUUUUCUACCAUAGAUAGGGAAUCUUUUGAAGCAGUUUCCAGUUGGAGAGAGAAAGUAGUAGCUGAAGUUGGAGAUAUACCAACUGUACUGGUGCAAAACAAGAUUGAUCUCUUGGAUGAUUCUUGUAUAAAGAAUGAGGAAGCUGAGGCACUGGCAAAAAGGUUAAAGUUAAGAUUCUACAGAACAUCAGUGAAAGAAGAUCUCAAUGUGAAUGAAGUUUUUAAGUAUUUGGCUGAAAAAUACCUUCAGAAACUCAAACAACAAGUAGCUGAGGAUCCAGAACUAACGCAUUCAAGUAGUAACAAAAUUGGUGUCUUUAAUACAUCUGGUGGAAGUCACUUGGGUCAUAAUUCAAGUACCCUCAAUGGUGGAGAUGUCAUCAAUCUUAGACCCAACAAACAAAGGACCAAGAAAAACAGAAAUCCUUUUAACAGCUGUAGUAUACCGUAAAAUGUUUUGGGAGGAAAAAAAUUGAAUUUACAUUGUGCAAUUCAGUAAGAAACCCAUCCAGCUGUCCUGGUAUGUUACAAGGUUGUCAGCAGACUUUGCACCUAACGGCUCUCUGAAAGUGACAGACUUAAAUAUUGCUCUGCAGUGCUUUUGAGAAUGUAGAGUGAGACCUCUGGUGGAAAAAUUACUGCCCUGUGGACUCCAAUUUUUUUUUUUUAACGUUAGAUGAAGCUUCUCCUAUUUUUAAAGGAAUGCUCUAAGAAAUUUCAAAAUAGGUUUUGCUAAAUUUUAAAUGCUGGAAAACAAAUGAAAUGCCUAAAUAUAUUGUUACAGAUUUUAAUACUGUGGAUCAGGAAAGAUAGCAAGCAUUCUUUUCCUCAAAUUGGUCAUCUGGCUUUUCUGCAAAAUAGUAUUGAAUCUGAAUACUUUCACAAAAGUAAUACUGAAAGAUAAACCCUAAAUCUUGCCAGACUGCAUUAGUAUUUUGGCAUUAGUACUUGUGCAAUAUCUGUGUCAUGUAGACUGUGAGGUGUGCAUGCAGAUGUCUGGUACUGGAGUCAGCUGAAGGUAAGUGCAGUAUUUAAGAAAAUAUACAUUUAAUUAAUUCACUUUUAAAACCAUUUACAUAUUAUGUAUAUGUCUUUAUUUUCAAAACUCUAGACAUAUAUUUUGCAAAAUAAGCUUGGGCUUAAAAAGUGCUUUGUGCCAAAAAAAUCAUACCUAAUUUUUAUAGCGCUUUACUAUCAGAAUUUAUAUUAUUAUAUCUUUUAAAAGCAGUAAGCAGUUUUCCUCUGUGACAGCACAGAUAAAAGAGGAGUCUAGGAAUUUUAAUGCUAGAGCAUCUCCUUGGUGAGCCCUUAUUGCAAAAUCUGUGGUAUAAUCACCCAUAAGCACAGUGAGCUCCUGCUGUCAUUAGAUCAGCCAAAGCCCCUUAAGAAGGUACACAGCACAUCUGCAAUCAUUCAGGAGGUCCUGUGAAGUGUGGUGGUGUAUCUAACACCUUUUGCUGCUCACUAACCCAGCUUUGCACUUACAGGAUUAUACUAACCAUUUUUUAAAUGCACAAAAGUAUUAUUACUAGUCUUAACCCAAAUUACAGAUUUUACAAUGCCCUGCAACUCGAAACCAUUCUGUUUGUAUUUUUACAUGGUACUUUAAGAUGAUCACUUCCAAAUUUCUCUAACCUUCAGUUUCUAGAGCACUGUCUGAAGAGCUGUCAGUCCCACAUACGAAAUCAUUUCUUUACAAAAUCAUUUCAUAUGUAAUCAUGUAUCAAGGCAUAAAUUUUGUCAGUUGGGACAGUAGCUUUCCAGCUAAGAUAAUUGCAUGCACUGUGUUAAAACUGAUUAUCAUUCAUCAAUGGUUUUAUUUUUAACCUAUAAAUAACCCCUUUCAAUAUACUUGGUUUUUACAGCAGUUCAAAGUAUGUAAAAAUAACUUUUUUGUUAUUAAAAAAUGUGUCAUGAAGUCAUUUUUCAUUAUUUGUACUAAAAAAUGUUUUAUGUAUUCCUUUUGUGUUUUGUUUUUUAAGUCUUCCAUCUGCACCCCCCUCAUCCUCCUAAUGUUGAGAAAAUCAAAUUUCCUGGGUGUGUCCUUGUUACGUGAUGAAAAGUAAAAGUUCUCUUUGCUGUUUUAGAUUGAAAAAUAAUAAAAAUAUUAAAAAGAGUAAAUUUUCCCUUUUCAUUAUAUUGAAGUGAUCUGGCAUCAUCUAUUUCAGAGUAAUAUAAAAUGUUUUUCUGUCACCAGUUGUCACCACUCGCAUUGCUGACAGUGGGACAGGUGUUGGGGGCAAAACCCAGUUCCUAACAGUGGAUACUGUCAUGUUUUCCACUCUUUUCAGAUAGUCUCUUUAAUUCUUGCACAAAUUAAUAUUUUGCAGCAAAUAGUCUUUUGGUCUUUAUUGGCAGAAGAAUCACUUGUUAUGUGUGUUCUGGUUAUUUUUCAUAUUACUUGUGUGGAUAAAAGUAUGUUACCUUUCUAUAUUAAAGUAAUCUGAGGAUAGUUGCAGUUACUCUACUAUUUGUAAUAUAACUUUAUGUACUUAGUUUUAUAUAAGAACUGAGAGAGAUCUGUUAUACAUUUGAAUUUUUAAUUUGCACUGCUGUAUUUUAAACCUAACCAUACUCAUUUAAAAUAAUUAAGUAGGCCUGAAAGUCAGCCAUAUGUUAAUUACUCAAUUUAAUCAAUUUUUAAAGCCUUCACAAAUUGGUAUUUUUUUCCAACACCCUUCAUUCUCUUAAAAAAUUUUAACCUUAUGAAACCAUAUGAACUAAAGAAAAACUUUUUCAAGAUUGCAGGUUACUGUGCAUUUGUGCUUGUAAUCUACUUGUUUAACAUUACGGCUAAUCUUUUGCAUACAGACAUAUUAUCACUGUGGAAUAACUGCCAUAUUUCGGAGUUCCUCAGGUUUCCUUUUCCUUUUUCAGUCUCUGUCUAUGAAUUAAAUAGUAUACAGAAUAGCCCAUAUAAAGCAAUAUAGUUAAAUAAAACCAGGUUAAAUGAUUUCCUUUGUAUCUGCCCAAAGUUGAUAGCACACAUGUACUUUUACAAAAUAAACUAAAACUACCAAAAAGAGGAUGAAAACUUUCCUCAUUGUGGAGCGGAGUUUCAGGUGGUUGCUUUUUUAGAAGCUGGUAAUGUAGUGCUCAGAAAGAACUCUCAGUAACACGUACUCCUUGGACCUGUGAGUUUUAGGAAAUGGGACGUUUUCUGAAGAUCUUAGAAUGGGGAGUUGGCCUUAGGACCUUAUGUCCCAACUUAGUGUUGGACCCUUUUAAUAGAAGAUAUUGUUAAUUAUUAACAUCCUUUUCAAAACCUUUGAAAUAGUUACUGGUAACCUGGUAAAACGUUCCCAUUAAUCUAUCAUUACUCUGUUGCCCUGAAAACAAUUAACUGAUGAGGCAAAAGCUAGUUCCACAGGGCACCUACCUAAUGAACAGGACUUUCUCAGUUUUAACUGUUAAGAAUGUCAUGUGGAUUAUAGUCACUCCUUAGGCUUUUAGUUACAAAACCCCUAAGUCUAUCAUCACACAGAUGAAUUUAUUUGCUAGCAAAAUAUUUAAAGCCACAGUAGACUCUCAAAUAUCCAACAACCAAACUCCCGGGUAACUGGAUGAUUUGGCUAUAAUAAUCUUUAUUAGAUAGUGCUUCUUUUAUCUCUCUCUUGAAAUGUCUACAGUAGGAUGUUAGUAAAUGGUCUUUUAAAAAUAAAAAAUUUGGAAUAAAAGGAAAACAAUUCCUUCCAUAUUUUUGUUACUAAUAAAUAAUGCUUUUGUAAAUUUGAAUGGAAAACCACUUGUAUGUACUGCUAUUUGGUUGCAGUUAUGCUCUCCAGUUUAAUUUAAAAUACAGCACUCAAUAAAAAUUUCAUGAAGGAUGAAUUCCAAUAAUAAUAAAAAAAAGCAUUUUAAAGCUAAAA